UUAGGUACUAGUAGAAGUUUGACGGCUGGGCUCGUUAUAUGUAGAUGUGCAUACGUCUGUACGUUUGCCUCGGGUCUACGGCCAGAAGUGCCAUCGAUUGGUAUUUAUUUUGGAGAUAUUUUCAUACGUAAGGAUUCCAGAGCGAUUGCUUCCAGACUUGUGUGGGAAUUCUUAAACACCUUAAUGAGACUUUCGGCAACAGAUCGGAAUUUGCACGAAAAUUAUUUAAAUUUCCAACCAUUCUUCUUGAAUAAACUUGAACGAGUGCUGAUUUUAGAUUUGAUGACUUCAUUGGGUGUCUGAUAUCAGUAUAAUGAUACCAAUCAAUUUCAAUGUACAAAUUGUCAAUUUGUAUUCGCAUCGUGCAGUUCAUGACCUGCAACUACACAUCUGCUGAGCGCUCCUGUUAAUUAUUGGGUAAUACAUUCCUGAUUGGAAUUAGCAGGAGGACGAUGGAGCGGUUAUUUGUGUGGUUACAGUGAUUCAUCAAUGGAAGAACAGUAUAUUACGAGAGACUCGACUCACAACACAACAUGAUGCUUCGAAAAUUCAAACUAUUCCUUUGGAUGAGCGAAAAUGAAAAAUGAUGCUAGUGCUGCCAUUUUUGAGGAAAUUCUUUCUCAAAUAAGACCGUUUGGUUAUUUUCAAAAACGGCUUUUCUUUCUGACGUCGUUGAUUCAAGCUUUCGUGACAACUGUACUUUUGUACCUGGAUUUUGUGUAUUUAAAUGUGAAAAAUAGUUCAUGUGUUUCCACGACGGGUGGUUUACCGGAAGAUGUGACGAAUAUCUCUACAGUGACAAUAACUACGGAGUGUCACGGUGACCGGAAGUGGUUUAAUCAGUGGGAAGUGCCAAUGUGGAUGAAUGAGGAGAACGCCUCUAUCAAAUUUAGUUACAUUUGGUUGUGUCAGGGAUGCGGUCUCAUCGUUGGUGCAGUGAUAAGCGGAUUUCUAUCGGACUUGGUAGGACGUAAAAUUGUUUUGUUCGCCAACCUUUUGAUGAUGAGUCUAGCCCAGGGAGGCCUUUGUGUACUCGAUGACUGGAUCAUGUUCCUGUGCCUGCGAGGAUUGGUAGGAAUAUUUGCAGGCGGUGUCAUCGUACCCAGCUGCGUCCAAACGAUAGAACACGUGGGACAGAAUUGGCGGGAAUUAUGUGUGUGCAUUUGCGCAUGGGCAAUGGGAAUACCUAUUCUAAUACUAGAAGGACUCAUCACGCGUCACUGGCGCUGGCUGGGAAUUGUGACAUCAUCAACGUCCCUUCUGUCAAUUGGUAUAUAUUUCAUAUACCCCGAGAGUUUCCGAUGGUAUACCUGCAGAGAAAACUUUUCGAAAGCAGAGGCGUCCAUUCGUGAGAUAAUAUCCGUGAAUACUAUGUCGCUUCAGGAUUUCACUCAGCUCUACGACAGAACCAAACUUGCCGUCCUUAAUUCCAUGUACAAAAGACCUAGAACUUUCUUCGAUUUGUUGCACACCAGAGAGAGAUUCAAAACAACCGUUGUUCUGGUGUUUGUUUGGUUAUUUACUUGUGCCGUUUACCGUUCUCUCCAUGAGAAGAUGGCGGGAAGAAUGUCUGUCAACGUGUAUCUGGACAUGGUCCUCGUGUACCUCCUAGAUAUCCCGCUAGUCUACUCCUCCAUCGUCAUCACAAGAUGCAUAGGACGGCGGUGGUGUCUGUUUCUGUAUUCAGUGUCCUGUGGUUUCACCCUCUCCUGUAUCCUGGUCAUCCACGUCAUCAAAGCCAUGAAUACCAAUGUGGACAUGAUGCUAGGGAUAACCAUAUUUGGAAAGCUCGGUGUGACGUCAACGAUUGUUCUCAUAUUGCUGGUCACUUUGGAGGUGUAUCCAACGUCUAUACGAUGCAUGGGCUUUGCCGUCGGUCUUUCAUCAGGGAUCGUGGGACUAUGUCUGGGGCGUUUUAUACAUUUUGAGUUCUUCAAUAAAAACCAAUCUUCUUAUCCAUAUAUUUGCUACGGCGUUAUGAUGGGGUUAGUCGGCUGUGCUUGUUUGCUGUUCCCGGAGACUUCCGGUAAACCUUUGCCCGACUUGGUCAAAAGCAGACAUAGGAUGAUCAGCAUGAAGGAAGUGACGCGAUUGUCUAAUGCAUGGGAGGCUCCCUGAUGACGGCGAUGAAAUAUCAGUCGGCAGUUAAACUCUGAUCAAUGCUUCCUCUGAAGUCUUUGAUAUGUAUUACCGGUCCUUGGUUCACACGUGCGUUGGCAAUGCACGGCAGAACGUUGGGUUUUGGAUAAAAACCAUAGAGAAGUUUCCUGUGGAGAUUUUGUGGAAGAAAUCCAAUAUAUAACGUUAUAUACGGAAACCUUUAUUUAUAUACAUUUACGUGUUGACAAUAUAUCAUCAUAUAUACAAAUAAUCCUUCACUCUAUUUCUAUCGUAUUGUCUGUGUGAAAAAUUACUUUGUAACAUUUUUAAAA